GACACCAUUUAUGUCCAUGUGUUCAGACGCGCACGAAAGCAGAAGCGUCCCAGCGCUGAUUCUCAUGCGCUCAGAACUUCGGACAUGGCACCGCUUCUGAAUACCGCUUUCAGAGUCUUCGGAGCUCUUCUAGUGGUUUUCAUACUGAAAAACUCUGCUGACGCCAAGAAGGUAUUGAACAUCAAUGAUAAAGUCAAGGACUUCGUUCAGAAACUGGGAAGACAACACAACACGAAAGUUCUGUGGUGGGACAUGUAUGCCAAGCCAGAGAAGCUCCUCAGUAAAGGAGACUACACAAAGUACCAAGUGUUCGCCAAGGCAGAACCAAUGCGCUACGGUGCGCGGUCUAACGGCACAAAUAUACCGAACACCGUGUAUGUGACGAGGUUCCACAACGAGCAGCCUUCGCAUUCUCAGAAGGUCGUCAUAAAGCGCAAAACGCGCCGAGAGAAGCACGCCUCCUGGCAGUCUACAAAAUCCAUCCACCUCGAUGUCAACGUCAGGACGUCGCUUUCUCUCUCUGGAAUCUUCAACUUCAGAGCCGGCCUCGACUACAGCUACGACCUGACGAGUUCCGAGAGCCACGUGGAAAAGGAAGUCGUGGAGUUUGAAAUCGAAAAAGAGAUAACCAUCCCUCCUCGCACUAUAGUGGAAGUAGAAUGGAUAAUCACUGAAUCUGUUCAGCGCUAUCCGUGGAAAUCGGACGUUCUGCUGGACGGGUGGUUCGCGCUCUUGUUCGAGAAACGCGUGCACAACCACAAUCUCUGGUUCCACCCCAUCGACGUGAUCAAGGACCCUGACCUCAAACUACACGAACCGUCGGGGGUGGUGUUCACCACCGAAGGAAUCGCCGAGGGUGUCAAUUUGAUCACGAAUGAUUUGCGAGUCCGACAGUACCCUCUCGAGGCGGGAACUUCGGCAUCGGCGAACACGACCACCUACCACCUGAAAGGGAGAGACGUUGUGUCCAGGACAAUCAAGGAGACGUCGCUUGCUGGUGCCGAAACUUCGCUCUAGAGCGAGGACGCAACCGUGUCCGCGACAUGUGCUGCACAUCUUUACGAGGAAACUUCAGUUCUGGCCCUCCUAAUUCGAUCAAGUGCACGUGAGACGUACGCAGACAUUCUCUCAUCAGGCAACCGCAGAACCGAUUUCAAUAAAACGUUGAAUUUGUUGAGUUCAAA